AUGGCGGACGCGCUGCCGAGCGAGUGUUUGAUGUUUGAUCGCGGGGUGAAAGCAGUGCGAUCGCGCGGAAGCAAUGCAGAGAUCGAGUUUGAGAAUGGCGAUCGAGAGGUGUUUGAUUUAGUCAUCGGCGCGGAUGGCAUCGAUAGUCGUGCGCGCGAGGCGGUGGAUGGCGGCGAAUCGCCGCCAAAGUACAGCGGUAUUCGCAUCGUUUUCGGAUGCACACCUGCGGGCUCGACCGCACGAGCGGCGAGUGAAAUGAACAUCGCCCAUCAAUGGUUCGCAGACGGCGCGUACAUGCUCGUGUUCACAGGCGGCGGCGAAGGGGCGCAGAACAAGCAGCACAACAUCGCGCUGUGCGUCCAAGACAAAACCAAGCGCGACGAAAACACGGCGUGGCGCGCAAAAGCCGCAGCAAAGGAAGAAGCCGUGGCUUUGAUGCGUGAAAAGGGUAUGCCCCAAAGUGCUAUUGACGUAGCCGAGGCAUGCGAUCGAUUCUUUGACGUCGGUGUGCAUUACCACGACGUAUUGGAUUCGUGGAGCGAUGACGCCGGAACGAUUAGCCUCGUCGGCGACGCAUGCCACGCUAUGCCUCCUUUCCUCGGGCAAGGCGCGAAUCAAGCCAUGCAAGACGCACUUUGUAUCGCAAGCGAACUAUCGAAAGUUGGCGCUGAAUAUGACACGGUGAAACAGGCACUCCGUGCGUAUGAGGGCAUUAGGAAACCGCCCACGGCGGCGAUCAUGCAAAGUAGCCGAUUCAUCGGCGCGUUGGAAACGGGAGCGGGUCCGGUGAGCUUGUUUCGAGACGUCGCGUUCUUCAUGGCGGGAACGCUCGGCAUCACGGGGAAGGUAUUCUUAAGUGGCGCCUUGCCGCGUUUUGAAGGCAAGGCUUAG